UACAACAUUUUAUUUGAUUGAUAACAGAUACAUUUAAGGACUUUGCUGGUUUGUUUAGUCUUCGAUCUUCGUCUGAACGGUAGAUGGCAGCACGCGCUCAGUCCUCUUCAGUCUGACUGUAGCGGCGGCGUGGAGCAGUCACACAAACAUCAGUCAAAUAAAGCUCUCCGAAGCGUGCUGUGUGUGUGCCACCAAGAGACACGAGAACUACAUUAGGAAGUCGCAUGCGCACAUCUGAGCACCUGUGGUCGUGGAGGAAGCAGAUGGACUGGUUUCUGUAGUCAAACACUGACACUCCCUCCACACAGACACGUGCUUUGAGUCUAGGUAACAUCACAAAAAGAGAAGAGUAAAUGUUUGGACACGUCCCACUGGGGGAGGGGAGGAAGAGAAAUGCACACAAACACUCACUGAGAAGUCAGAAAGACGAGUGGACAGCCGCUGAUUGACUGCUGGUGUGCUCAGGAUCUGUCUGUGCUUGGACCUGCAGCUCCUCAGAUGUCUGAGGUCACAUCCUUUCAUCUCUAGUUUCUGCUUCCUUCCAGAGAUUGUGCACCACAACUCUUAAAUGAAACAUCAAGUGACACUGUAUUUUUAAGUGUGAAGAUGGAGGGUGUUCUGGGUGUUACGCUGCGUCUGUGUGUGUGCAAACUGAUGAGCAGCAUGCUGUUGUGUUCGUCUGUAAUCACACACACCAUCACUGCGGUCAGUCUGUGCUGCUGCUGCCUGCUGUUAUUUACAGACCUCGCUGUCACCGUGUUUUUGCUCUACGUCUGGUUCAUGGAGUCCUGGUUGGCGCCUUUUUACGUGUCUUCAGAUGUCAUCGCCCUUCGAUUUCUGCUCUUCCUUUGCAAGGCCUAUGGAGCUGUGUUGCUGCUGAUGCCGCCUUUGAUUGCUGUGGAGUUGUUGGUUGAUCUGCUGUGUCCUCAAGGCAGGCGAACAAAGGGACGAGAUGCAAGUGCAUCCCUCUCUAGUACAGUUGGCUAUUUGGGAUGUUUUCUAGCAUGGAGCGUGAGCGGGAUCUACAGCAGCCGUGACUGGAUGCUGGAGCAGAUCUCAGUGGAAACCUGUCGGAGAAAAGGUGGCCAUCUUCUCACCUGUCUUCCCAGUGCUGAUGAGUUUUCCUGGGUUCUUCCUUCUAUGGUGGUCCUGUUGAGUUUAACAGGGAGCCUGGGUCUGUUCAGGACGAAGGCAUCCCGAAGACUGCCUGACUCAUCUAAAAACACACAGAAGGGCGAGAAAAAGGACUAUUUGGGCCACGGGCUAAUGCAUGUGUCACAAACUCUGGUUGACUCAGAAAAAACACCCAACAGCUGUGGCGUUCACAUUGCUGGCUUUGUGAACAGCGAGCCACGGCGGAUCUGUCCUGGGAAUGGUGUACUGUGCACUCAACAAACCGGUUUGGCAGACAAUAUUGAGAAACAAAAGCAAUCAUCCAGCCUUGCAACAUUUGCACAGUCCAAAACCGAUCUUCCUGUGGAAGUCACGUCAUUGGCGGUCUUUAACAGGACAGAUGCAAAGUCUCAAAGCAAACGUUGUUGGUUUCCCAAAAGGGAAAGUCCCUGCUCAGGGCGAGAAAUCUUCACAGGGUUGGUAUGCAUGGCUCUGGUUUGUGUUUUCCCUACAGUCGUCAGCGGGAAUAUUCUUCUAAUCUUUAACCUGGAGAAUCUGGUGGUGUACAACUUGAAACUCUUAUCUCUAUCAGUUAACAGAGUACCGGAUCUGUAA